AUGGGCGAUCCGGUGACAAAUCUUUCAAAAUACAACUUAACCGAUAGCGAGCAUGAUGAUCUAGUUAAUGGAUUAAAUCAUGUAUAUCCACCUGAAAAACUCGAUCAACCACAGUUCAUAUGCAAUAUGGAAUAUUUUUAUGCACGUCUUUUAAAUGUACGAACUGCUUAUCGGCAUUACGAACAGAAACCAUCCACUGAAGCUGUUCGUCAUCAAUUAACAUCAGUACAAUUGAGUGCUGCAUCUGAAUUACGUGAGACAGCGAAUUCUUUUCGAAAAGUUGCUCAAUCUGAACUGAAGAAAAUUGGUGCCGAACAUCGUAAAACUUUUAGUACUCUUCGUUCUCUCGCUAAAAAUAAAUCGAUCAUUAUUACUCGACCUGACAAGGGACGUGGCGUGGUUAUCAUGGAUCGUGAAGAUUAUGUAGAAAAAAUGAAUGCAAUACUCGACGAUCGAUCUGCUUUCACCUUAAUCAAUUACGAUCCAACCUUAGAUACUGAAAACGAACUAAUUAAGUUUCUGCUCGUCUUAAAAAAGGAAGGUUUUAUUAGUGAUCAGGAACACAAGUUGGCGUCCCCCAGUGGAUCAAGACCAGCUCGAAUAUACGGUGUACCUAAAUUACAUAAAAAACGAGAGAACUAUCCUCUUCGACCUGUAAUGUCAGCUACAAAAAACAGUAGCUUAUGGACUCGGUAA